AUGAGUGCAAAUUGGCGGUCUAAUCACUCGGAUGAAGAAGAUGACGAUGAGUAUGACGAACCUUUUACAGGCCGAUCUGGAAUUAUAUUGGUUAUCGAUUGUGCUGGCUAUAUGUUUGAAGAUGGUUCAAAUACGGCCUUUCUACAAACUCUUUUCAUUACUGAAGCAAUGAUGCGGAAUAAAGUGGUCACCAACGAAAAGGAUUUGAUGGGAGUAGUGUUUUACAACAUUAAAAACAGUCCUACGCCAGAGAGUGGAGAACCACUUCAACCGGGACUAGUUGCACCAAAACAGUGCGCUAUAUAUCUACCUUUGAGUGCCGUGUCUGUUGAAAUGAUACGCAAACUACGGGGAAUGCGUGAAUCAGACGACUUUUUCGGAUUUGAUGCAUUGUACGGGCAUGCUCACGACACAAACCUUUCGAACGUAUUUUGGCUUUGUUCUCGAAUGUUUUCCCAUUGCGGAUACAAACUGGAGCAAUCCACGAUCGUGCUGUUUACCAGCAAUGAUCAACCGCACGAAAGCAGCAGCAGCGAAUAUCAGCAGACGCUUGUAAAGGCAAGAGAUCUACAGCAGAAGGAAAUAUUUUUUGAGUUAGUUCCCAUGAGCGACACAUUCGAUUGCGAUAAAUUUUAUAAAGAGUUUAUAUGCACCGUGCUGAAUCAAGAUACGGAUGAAUUUGCAGCACCGGUAUACCAGAGAUCGAAGGAGCUAUUACUUCAACGGUUAUUUGUUAGAAACUAUCAAAAUCGAAGUAUAGUUCAUCUAAAAUGGCAUCUAUCCGACUCUAUUUCACUUGGUGUUAAUGUGUAUUCGUUAUCGAGAAAACCUCGCAUGCCUAAAAAGGUUAAAUUGUUAAGAUCAACCAACCAAGUGAUUGUUUCUAAACGAGUGCACAUGGCUAGCACGUUUUCCGAUGAACGAGAAGAAGAAGAAACCAAAGCGCUGUUACCAGGCAAUCAGAGGAAAUCAAUAACCGUUGGUGGGGAAACCGUGUCGUUCAAGCCAGAGGAAGUCGUGCUUAUGAAGCAGAUUUUACCUCCAGGCAUACGUCUUCUAGGAUUCAAACCUGCUUUUUCAGUCAAAACAACCAACCAUAUUAGGCCCAGUUUGUUCCUGUAUCCAAAUGAAAGUUACAUCAAUGGCUCGACGACGCUCUUUCGAGCACUUUAUGAAAAAUGCAUUGAAAAGGAGCAGGUGGCCUUAUGCAUUUUGACUAUGCGCCGAAAGCAACCUUCAAAACUGGUAGCAUUGAUACCUCAAACAGAAUCGACAGAUGUUCCAUCCGGAGAAGUCAGUCGACCUGUUGGCUUUAGAGUCAAGUUCAUUCCAUUCACCGCUGAUAUUCGAAAACUAGCCAUUCUUGAAGAUGCCGAAAUACCUGAAGUGACCGACGAGCAGACAGAUGUGUUCAAAUUUGUCAUCAAAAAGAUCAAAUUUAAAUUCCAUCCCGCUCACUUUGACAACCCUUUGCCGCAAAAUCUGUUUAUCAAUAUCGAAUCGCUGCUAUUUGAUGAGCAAGAUGCCGAACUAUAUGAUGCUUCGCAGCCAGAUAAUGAAAAAAUUGAUUCAAAAUUAGAACCCAUUAUGGCCAGCAUGCAGGAUAUGUUUGGAGAGGAUCCCGAGGAAGUUGCCAAGCGUCGUCGAAACGAAGGAGCAAAUAAUGAAAAUGAACCCAGGUCCAAAAGCGCAAGGUUGGAAUCGUUAAAUGACGAAGAUCUUGUAGAAAUGGUAAAACAAGGCAAUGUAACGAAUAUCUCCGUGGCUAUGUUGAAGGCAUACCUUCAAAAACAAGGUGUUACCGGGAUUUCUAAGCUAACAAAACCAGACUUAGCAGCCAAAAUUCGAGAUUUGGAAAAUAACUAAUCUAUCCAUUGC